AUGUCUCUGAGCCUGUUCGGCACGGCCCUCCUGCUUAUCACUUUGGCCUUGGUGAUCUCAAAGCUAGGCUCCCGGAAUAAACCGCCUCUCCCCCCUGGACCAAAAGGGUGGCCUCUCAUCGGACACCUGCGUGCAGCGGCGGUGGACAAGCAUAAGUACUGGUACCAGUUAGGGCAGCAGUAUGGCCCGCUGUCUUCGGUGAAGGUGGCCAACUUGACCUUCAUCAUCAUCAACUCCCACGAUGUCGCCCACGAUCUCAUCGUCAAGAGGUUCGCCAACUACAGCGGCCGGGCCCGGCUGCCAUUUAUCGAGCUCCUGGACGAGUCAGCACCCUGGACCAGCAAGCUGAUCCUCACGCGGCAGUAUGGCCCCGAAUACCGCCUGCAUCGACGCAUGCUCGAGUCCGGAAUGACCGCCACAUAUGCGGACCGUUUCCAUGGCCUGAUGGAGCUCGAGACCUGCCAACUGUUAAACGAUCUGCUCGAUGACAAGGACUGCCGCACUAUCGGCAUGAGCAGCGUCCUCCUCUUCAAGCACAUCGAGCGCGUCCAGACCAGUUUCGUCAUCGGGGGCACCUACGGCUUCCGCACCCCUCACCGUCUGGAUCCCAACCUCGUCACAAUUAUCAAGAGUUCGCACGAUUCCAACGACAUCGCCGUGUCCCAGACCCUGCUCAACUUCUUUCCACUCCUCAAGUCUCUCCCCAAGUUUCUCUCCCCGUACUACAAGGCCGCAGCAAAGGUGCGCGACUACACCGCGCCCUGGGUCCACGGACACCUCAUCACAGCCCUGGAACGCCCCGGAUGGAAUCUAGCCAAGCAGUCAUACGCCAUCGGCAUGAAGGACGGCUCGACCCCGCGCGAAGUCGAGGUCAAUCUCGAGUCCAACGUCUACGGCGGCGUCGAGACCUCCCCCCGUGAGCUCAUGUGGGUUAUCGUCGCCGCCAUCACCCAGACAGCCUCCGUCCGCAAGGCCCAGGCCCAGCUAGACGAAGUCGUCGGCCCAAACCGCCUACCGAACUUCAUCGACCGCCCUAAGCUGACCUACGUCGAUGCCUUUCUGCGUGAGGUCAUGCGCUGGCGGCCCAUCAUGGCGGACUCCAUCCCCCACCGCGUCGAGAGCGAUGACAUCUACAAUGGAUUCCUGAUCCCCGCCAACGCACUCAUCAUGCCGAACGCAUGGCGCAUCAAUCGGGACACGAAGUACUUCGGCGACGACGUCGAGGAGUUCAUCCCCGAGCGAUGGUUCACGAACCGGGAUGUGAAGAAUGGCUCGCUCCGGCAUGAUCUACCCACGCCUGCCUUCGGGUACGGCCGUCGUACCUGUGCCGGGAAACGCAUCGCCGAGGAUGGCAUGUAUAUGCAAAUGGCGCGUCUGCUUUGGGCGUUUGAGUUCAGGGAGGUCGAUGGUGAGCCUGUCGACCCGAGUGCUGAUCUUCGCCAUACCUUCACUGUGCCACCGGCGCCGUUUAAAGUGAAGCUUAUGCCGCGGCGGACGUCAGUGCGGGAUGUGGUCACGAAGGAGUGGCGGGAGUGUGAGACGGAUGUGCCGAAGCUGCUGGGCGAGAUGGACGAGAAGUAUCUGAAUAUGAAGUCAGAGGAUUAG